AUUGUUGUGAUAAACUUAUUAAAUAGUUUCAGAACAGUAAUUAAUGGAUCAAAAAAUUGGUCCUCUGGCAAAUAAUCCUAUGCGGGGACCAAAACCGAUGAAUAACGUCUCUCAGGUUUCGCCGUUCUUGAGUGGGUCUAUGCAGCGAGACUCAUCUGGCAUCCAUGUGCCUGCAAAUCCUCUUCAAGCGGGAUCAUCUUUGAAUAAUCCUAAUCCAGACCUCGCACAGUUAUUUGAAUGUCCUGUGUGUUUCGAUUAUGUGCUACCUCCAAUAUUGCAAUGUCAAAGUGGCCAUCUAGUAUGCAGUACAUGUCGACCAAAGUUGCAGUGUUGUCCUACGUGCAGAGGACCCUUAGGGUCCAUCAGAAAUCUGGCAAUGGAGAAAGUGGCCAACACCGUAAUGUUUCCCUGCAAGUACAAUGGUGUGGGAUGUUCGGUUACCUUGCUCCACACAGAGAAAAGUGAGCACGAGGAGACCUGUGAAUAUAGACCAUAUUCUUGUCCCUGUCCAGGAGCAUCCUGUAAAUGGCAAGGAUCUCUUGACCAAGUUAUGCCACAUUUGACACAAGCGCACAAAUCAAUCACCACUUUACAAGGAGAAGACAUAGUGUUUCUGGCGACAGACAUCAACCUGCCGGGUGCGGUGGACUGGGUGAUGAUGCAAAGCUGCUUCGGACACCACUUCAUGCUGGUGCUUGAGAAGCAGGACAAGUUCGAUGGCAUUCAACAGUUCUACGCAAUCGUCCAGCUUAUAGGAUCCCGGAAACAGGCCGAAAGCUUCGCCUACAGACUGGAGCUUAAUGGGAACAGGAGACGAUUGGCUUGGGAGGCCACCCCGCGUUCCAUACACGAGGGGGUCCAAUCGGCCAUACACAACAGCGACUGCCUCGUGUUCGACACAAACAUGGCCAACCUGUUCGCGGAGAACGGCAACCUCGGCAUCAAUGUCACCAUCUCCAUGUGCUAACAAUACACUACCACCCACCCACCCAUCCUACCUCCCUCAGUCAACACAACAAGGACAACAACAACACCGCCACCCUACUGCCCCCCACUCACCUUCAACAGAACUGACAACUUAGGUUGUAUCUCCCACCAUACAGCCUCAGCAACCCCAUCAUUCCCUCAGGACCUAGCCUAGUAUAGGGCAGCACCGUCCUCUCUCCCAUCUCGACACUUUCUGUUGACCCACAAGGAAAACUAGACAAGCCAGACUGGAGAAAGGAAGAAGAGAGGAGACGACAAAAUAUUUGAGCAGAGGAAGGGGGGAUAUAAUGAAGAGAAAGAGGAUGAUUAAGCAAAAUACACAACACAGUAUAGAUGAACAAAAACUGAAACAACAAACUGUGAUGAAAUAGCUACACUUUGCUGGUGCGAUUUUUUGUUAAAUUCUCGUGUAUUUAUGACUACAGAAACCUUCAUUAUGCAAUUGUCAUUGGAAUGAUCACGAACCUUGUCCUUUGCUAAUUGUAAAAGUGAUCGCAAUAUUCCGAACACAUUUGCUCCCCUAGUCUAGAAUGACUGAUUGAGGUGAUUCAAUGUGCUGAUUGCGAUUCUUGGUUCUAAUGUGCUUUCGUUGCUGCUUUUUUUCUAGAUAUAAUUUAUGGUUAAUUUUUUUGUUCUCAAAUUCUAUACUAACUAACACGCACACAUGAUCAGCAGCUGCUCUUUCGAAGUGCAACAGAAAUGCAUUCCUGAUUCACACGUGAUGUGUAGCUCAGCUUCGUCUCUGUAUAUGAAAUUCCGGAGUGCAGCCAGUAUUUAGACAGCCGCGUAUUCAUACUCGUCAGUAUUUAGACAAAUACUGUAUGAACCAAUCAGAAUCGAGAAAAGACUUAAA